AUGUUAUCCGCUUAUCAAGGCUAUCAACUUAGUUUAAAAUCAAUUUCAAGAGCUCAAUUUGAUCUUAUUUGCACUCAUAUCAAGCCAGAUCAAGUCAUAUCAUUAAUAUUAUCGGAUUCUGAUGAUACACCCGGUCAAUCAGAAUUGUUUUUUUCACGUUUUCAAAUCACCGAUUUUACGCGAACUCGAAUGCUCAAACUGAUCAAUAUCGGAUCUGCAUCAUUGGAAGAUAUCUGUCGAUGUUUUAAAGAAUUCGCGAAAUAUCAUCGAAUUUCUAUUGAAUCAUAUAAUGCACGUCGAUUAUCUCAGGAUGUAUUACUUAGUGUUGCUACUCAAAUUAAAAUUGGUGCACCAGAAAGAUUGAUUUCAUGCGCUGAAAUUACUUCUCGUUCUUUUGCUUUUCCAGUUUGUCUAAUUAUUCUUCGCUGCUUAACUAUAUCACAAAGUUCGAUGGAUGAUCUUAAAUCAAUUUGUAAAUUGGCACUAAGACUUACGUCUCUCAAAGUUGAGAAUCUCAUUCUCAACGCAAAUGAAGAAUUCUUAUUAUUAGCACAAAAACUAAGACGAUUAGUCCUGUAUUGUAAAAAUGUGCCUGUUUCAAUGAAUCAAAUGGAACAACUUCUAUUGAAUUUACCACAACUAAAAUAUUUUGAAAUAUCAGCUAAAGGUUCCUUUGAUCUUACGAAUGGUUAUUUAUGGGAGAGUUUAACUUAUAAACUGGUUACAUUUAAUUUCAAUUUUUGGUUAAAAAUUGCUGGAAUCGAGGAAAUUCUUAACUCAUUUCGCACAUCAUUCUGGAUUGAGAGGAAAAAAUGGUUUGUCGUUGCUACACGGAAACGUCUUUUCUCUAUUCCACAUUUUUCCAAAAAGAUUGCUGAUACUUAUUUUCAAUUGCCAUUGCAUACAACCAUACCUCAUGGUGAUGAAACAUUACUAUUUGAUAAAGUGACUUAUUUCAUUUUAAAUAAUUCAUUGAUCUCUCAUCAGAACUAUUUUCGUUAUAUAAAAACAUUAGAAAUUAAAAAUACUAAUUCGUUUGAAAAUUUAUCGACAUUGAUUGAUUUAAAUCAUGUCGAAAAUUUUAUUCUAUCAUCAUCGAUGAAUCAUUCAACAAUUGCAACGUUGAUGAAGUCAAUGCCUUCCUUACAGCAAUUCUCAAUUAACACUGAACUUCAAAAGUUUUUUGAUCAAACAAAAAAUCUCUGUUUUGAACAAAUUCGAAUACUUGAAAUCAAUCAACCAAUAAUAGAUGGCAAUUUCUAUGUGAUCGAACAAUUAGUUCGACUAUUCCCGAAUAUUGAAAUUUUACGUGUUAACUCGAUUCGAUGGAGAUUAGGUAUCGCACGUUUGCUUGAUAAAUUUGAAAAUUUAUGGAGUGCAUCAUUUCGACUUGAAAAAUCAUCAACACCAGAGACUGAUAUCGAUGUGUUGAGUUUCAUUCGUAAUGAUUUCGAUGUGUUGAAUUUCAUUCGUAAUGAAAUUGAUUAUGAAAAAUAUGAAGCAUUUCAUAAUCGCUGUCGGCCAAAAUCAACUACAGGUCAAAACCAAGGAAAAUAUUAUGAUUUCUGGAUUAAGAAACGGGUCAGUUUUUCCUUGUAUUAUUCCAAUUGA